AGCCAUGUUGCCUGCGAGGGGAAGUGGCGGCCCGGAGCCCCGCUAAGAUGGUGGAGAGGAGUCGUCGGGGGGUGUAGGGGUCCCCCCACCCCCUCGACCCCGGGCCCAUGGAGCAGCUAUAAGGGUUUGUGCUAGAAACAGCUAAUCACUGCCACAAUGACAUCUUCAAGCUCUGCCCAGCAUCCAGCAGCUGAGAAUGCCUGCAGAGUCACACUCGGACAAGUUAACCAGGUGCGACCCAAACUGCCGCUUCUGAAGAUUCUGCAGGCUGCAGGCGCCCAAGGUGAAACCUUCACACUGAAGGAGGUUAUGCAUUACCUGGGACAGUAUAUAAUGGUGAGGCAGCUAUAUGACAAAAGACAGCAGCACAUGGUCUAUUGUGGAGGAGAUCAGCUGGGAGAACUGCUGGGACUGGAAAGCUUCUCUGUAAAAGAUCCAAGCCCAGUCUAUGACAUGUUGAAACGGAACCUGACUUCUGCUGCAAUGGCAGAUGCUGCACAGAAUCUCGCAAAGGAACAGAGCGUCGAUAAGCCAAGCCAAGACCAGCUGAAGUUUAGCCGGCAAGAAGGUUCUGACACUGGCAUCAUGGAGGGUGAAAACAAUGCUUCUGCUUUGUCUACCUCGGAGCAAAAAUGUGAGAAUUAUGAAGACAAAGACUUAAUAGAAAACCUCUCUAAAAGCAAGAAGCCUAAACUGGACCUAGUGUUUGAGGAAUGGGAUGUAGCUGGUCUUCCAUGGUGGUUUUUAGGCAACCUCAGAAGCAAUUACAAGUCCAGAAGUAAUGGAUCAACAGAUAUUCAGACUAACCAGGACAUAGACACUGCCGUUGUUUCAGAUACUACUGAUGACUUGUGGUUCCUCAACGAAUGCCCGUCGGAUCAGAGCAGUGCUGCAGUCAAGGUGGAAACGGUUGACUGCGAGGAAGUGAAAGAAGGUGGCAAAAAGGUGACCGAAGAUGCAUGUUUGCAUGACUUUGAGGAUUCUCAAUGCUUAAGUGAUGACACAGAUACAGAAGCUGCUUCUGAGGACUGCUGGCAAUGCACCAAAUGCAAGAAAUUUAACUCUCCAGGCAAACGGUACUGUUACCGCUGCUGGGCCUUACGGAAAGACUGGUACUCAGAUUGUCCCAAACUGGCUCAUUCUCUUUCUCUGUCCAACAUUGAUGCUAUGCAGAACAAAAAUAAUGAUGAAGGGAUAGAUGUCCCGGACUGCCGAAGGACUAUUUCUGCUCCAGUUGGCCAACCCAAAGACCUGUACAUGGUAGAAAACAAAUCAUGUGUAGAUCCCUGCAGCUCUAUUGAGUCUUUGGAUUUGGCACGAGAGUGUGAAAGCAAGGAGUCUCUGUUGCAUUUCACUGAGCGUAAAAAGGAGGAAGAAAUACAGUCCUUAGAGAGUAUAAAAAAAUUACUGAACCCUUGCUUCUUAUGCCAUCACAGACCACGGGAUGGGAAUAUUGUCCAUGGAAGGACUGCUCACCUUGUGGCCUGUUUCAAGUGUGCAAAGAUGCUGAAGAAAAAGAGAUCACCUUGCCCAGUGUGCAGGAAAGAGAUUGAGAUGGUGAUCAGGAUCUUUAUGGGGUAGUUGUGCCAGUGUAGGCCUUCUCCACCAAAAGAUAGCACACGGGUUUUUUUGCACUCACACAAACCCUAACUUCAGAGCUCGGCCAGUGAAUACCAAAGAAUUUAGAUUCAAUCUGACCAAGAAUACUGAGGAAUCCUCUGCAUUAAAUGAAGCAUCAUCCACUUUUCGAUGUCCAUUUAAAUUAAAGCCCCUAGGGAGCAGGGAGUGACUGGCACAUUGGUAUCAAUGCCCCAGCUUUAAAAUUGUCUAAAUCUUCUAAUUUCAGCUCAGUGGUGUCACUAGGAUUCUCUGUUCUGACAACUGGUCCUUGAAGAAAAUGAGUUUUGGAAAGAGUUAUACUUUGGCUGUUGGAGCAUUGUUCUCCAGUAAGUCAAACCCUGUGCAAUGCCUUUUAAGGGGGAGUCUGCAUCUGAGAUACAUAUAUGCAGGGAUGGGAAAGGAGGUGGGAGGGAAGGGUAGACCAAGGUGUUUGCAAUUUAGAUAAGCCAUUUCUCCAAGGAUCAGUUUGCCUGAGGGCAGUGAGAAGUAAAUAACCUGGUUUCUGAUUUUUUUGUUUGUUUGUUUAACGUAGGUUUGUUAGAUAAGGUGAAGGUCCUCUUGCUCCCAGACUUGAAAUAAGUCCUCCCAAACGUUUAAUCUGUAGCUAUCUCAGGUCACAUGGCAAAAGAAUAGGGAGUUAUACUUUGCUUUGUUAUUGGAGCUUUUAAUUUUUAGUGAUUCUUUUUUUCAUUUAAAUACAGUUCUAUGUCCUCUUGCAUAGCUCUGUUGAAGCCUGUCCAAUGCUAGCUCAGAAUCUGGUCUGCCAGCUGUAUUAAAUUAUAACAGCUCUGUGCAUGUUUUGGGAUGUUCUCAUAGCUCUGUGCUUACAGCACCAUUGCAGCUUCUACCUGCCUCAUCUCAUCAGGCCAGUCUAGAUAGAAGAUGCUCAUUUUAGAGUGCAGUGUGGCUUUAACAACAGGAUAUGGGCCACUGAGGGGAAAAAAAAUAAUUCCUGUAAAGCACCAGUUGCAGCUGGUUAGUCUAUGGGCUGUGCGUGGUGUUAGUUUUUUUAAUUUUUCUCCACUGAUUUUCUUUCCCUGUCAUUUCAUGCUUCAGAUCUGUUUGCAGCAUUUACGUUGUCCUUCAGAGCUAUGCAUGGUUGCUCUAUGGGCUGUUAAAAAA